UUUUAGUUUUCAAUUAACACCAAAUGGCUAUCUUAGAAGCCAUCUUCUUCAUCUUCUUCUCCUUCCUCUUAUUCUCUCUUCAGUCAUCAAAAAGCGUUGAAAUUUGCCCUGUUUCCUGUGGGAUUCAAUUGAUUCGUUUCCCUUUCCGUCUCAACAACCAACCUGAUCGUUGUGGCUAUCCCCGGUUCAAUCUCUCAUGCAAAAACGAAGCCCAAACUAUCCUUUCGCUUCCAUUUUCCGGUAACUUCACUGUCGUAAAUAUUGACUAUAUGUUCCAAAAUAUAUGGAUCAACGACCCUGAUUUUUGCCCCCCGAAACGUCUGCUUCAGGGGCUUAAUCUAUCUGGUACUCCUUUCGAUUUGCUAUAUCCUCGAAGCUACACGUUUUUCAAUUGCUCCUCUGCUUCAUCGACAGAACUACCUGAAGCAAGGUAUAUCUCUUGUCUUAGUGGCACUAAUUUUUCCGUCGUCGCUGUACCUGCGGACCGUCUUGAUUUGUCUACAUCGUUGUCGACUUCGUGUUUGGAGAUAGCAACGGUUUUGGUUCCACUUUCCUGGACGGGUUGGUCGGAUCCUGGCUCUGGUAUAAGGUUGACAUGGAAUAAACCUAAUUGCCUGCCGUGUGAAAGCAGAACGGGGACUUGCAGGUUCGGGAGUGAUACGGGCCUGGAUGUUGGAUGCUCCGGUGGUUUUACCAAUGGUCUUUCAAGAAGUGAUAAAUACGGUAUAAUGUUCGGGGUGGGAAUGCCCCUCUUGUUCCUCUUCGGCCUGGUAAUUUACCUCCGCAACAAGGUUGACGAUUACAACCAUCAACAUCCCAACCCGGAAGCCUUCUCCAAUUCAGUGACCCCAAGAUCAGAAAGUGUAGCCAAAGGCCUUGAUGGACAAACUAUUGACGCCUAUCCAAUAACAUUGCUUGGUGAAAGCCGGCGAUUACCAAGGCCUAAUGAUAACACUUGCCCAAUAUGUCUUUGUGAAUACCAAGCUAAAGAAAAAUUAAGGACUAUUCCAGAUUGCAAGCAUUAUUUUCAUGCCAUUUGUAUCGAUGAGUGGUUGAAAUUGAAUGCUGCAUGCCCAUUAUGUCGUAACACCCCAGAGAUAUCUGCUCCCACUGUUUCAUCAUCAUCAUCUUCUUCUUAAUUAAUAUAUUUUCAUUGUGCACAAAUUCUAUAGAACUGAAAAUUCCUGUUUUAUGUCUCCCUAAUUAUUGAAUUUCAGUUUAUAACACAGGGGUUCAAUGUAAAAAACAGAAGUCUUCAAACUAAAAAUACCUUUUCCCCGCAUUUGCAGAUUUACCAAACAUUGUCUAUUGAUGGGUUCAUGUUUUCACAGUGCUUAAUUGUGCUCUGUUUGUUUCUACACUCUCGAGUCUUGAUGCUCUCCAGCUAUUUAUUCCCUUUAAUUUCAUCAUGAACUUGAAAUUGUGACCAUUGAAUCAUCAAGGUAAAAGUUGAAAUCCCCAUCAAGUUUAAUCAUGCACCAAAAUACCAUAUGUAAAAAC